AUGGCGGAAUCUUCCAAGGUCAUCCAUGUUCGUAAUGUUGGCCACGAGAUUUCUGAAAAUGAUUUGCUUCAGCUUUUCCAACCAUUUGGGGUCAUAACUAAGCUUGUCAUGCUCAGGGCAAAGAAUCAGGCUCUUCUCCAGAUGCAAGAUGUUUCUUCAGCAAUCACUGCUCUUCAGUUUUUUACAAAUGUGCAACCUACCAUAAGAGGGAGGAAUGUGUAUGUUCAAUUCUCUUCUCACCAAGAAUUGACAACAAUAGAGCAGAAUAUUCAUGGACGGGAAGACGAGCCGAAUCGUAUUCUCUUAGUCACAAUCCAUCACAUGCUGUAUCCAAUUACAGUUGAUGUGCUGCAUCAAGUUUUCUCUCCCUAUGGAUUUGUGGAGAAGCUCGUCACUUUCCAAAAGUCUGCUGGUUUUCAAGCUCUUAUACAGUAUCAGGUACAACAGUGUGCUGCCUCUGCUAGAACUGCUCUACAGGGUCGUAACAUAUAUGACGGGUGUUGUCAGUUGGAUAUCCAGUUCUCAAACCUUGAGGAGCUGCAAGUAAAUUACAACAACGAUCGAUCUAGGGAUUAUACAAAUCCAAACCUGCCAGCAGAGCAAAAAGGCCGCUCAUCGCAACCUGGCUAUGGUGAUGUCGGAGUUGCAUAUCCUCAGAUGGCAAACACAGCUGCAAUUGCAGCUGCCUUUGGAGGAGGCUUGCCUCAGGGGAUAACCGGCACAAAUGAUAGGUGUACAGUCCUUGUUUCCAAUCUGAAUGCAGAUAGUAUUGAUGAGGAUAAGCUAUUCAAUCUCUUUUCUCUGUACGGGAACAUUGUAAGGAUAAAGCUUCUUCGUAACAAACCCGAUCAUGCCCUUGUCCAAAUGGGUGAUGGUUUCCAAGCUGAACUUGCAGUACAUUUCCUCAAGGGAGCGGUGCUGUUUGGUAAGCGGCUAGAAGUAAACUUCUCGAAGCAUCCAAAUAUAACGCCAGGCACAGACUCGCAUGACUAUGUAAACUCGAACCUGAACCGCUUCAACCGCAAUGCUGCAAAGAACUACCGCUACUGCUGCUCGCCUACAAAGAUGAUUCACCUAUCAACUCUUCCCCAAGACGUGACAGAGGAGGAAGUGGUAAACCAUGUCCAAGAACAUGGAGCAAUAGUGAACACAAAAGUGUUUGAAAUGAACGGUAAAAAGCAAGCAUUGGUGCAGUUUGAGAACGAGGAGGAAGCUGCGGAAGCGCUGGUGUGCAAGCACGCGACUUCUCUGGGUGGAUCAAUUAUCAGAAUCUCCUUCUCCCAGCUACAGACGAUAUAA